UUAUGACAGUCGCUCGGAUAUAUUCGUUCAUCGCAUGUCCUUUCAUCGCAUUGUUUUGUAAUGGUCUUUGGCGGGGUGUCAAUGAUAUUCGUAUAAUAUUUUUAGUGCGCAAAAUAACGAAAAUAAUUUAAUUUUGUGAAAGAUCAGUGACUUAACAGUCUUUGUUCUAAUAUCAUACAAAGAUAAGGACAAUAUCGGUCGGACGUUCUGAGUCUCAGUGUAGAUUAGUUCGUCUGGUCUCGGGCAUCUUGCUUUAUCUCGGAGAACUCGGAAAUGCGAACAUCUCCAGCGUACUGAUACUGAUUAUAUUCAGUUCAUCGCGCGAAACAGUAUCCGCCGGUCGUUUCGAUGAUGUAUCGGUAGUACAGGCAGCUUAGACGUUGAAAAAAAAGUUGCUUUGUGAGUUUUGAAAAAAGAACUCUAGUUUUAUUCUAUAUUCGAUUUAAAUCGCGGGAAGACGCAAUGGCGUUGUCGGGCUUUUUACCGGAGUACAUGUACAGUUUUGUGGACCAACUAGAUGAGCAUCCAUGGCUGUUUUCUGGCCUGGCUUCUGUCCUGGUCGGUCUGAGUGGCAUAUUCCCGUUGCUGGUCAUUCCACUGGACGCCACAGACACCUUCACAGAUGGCCCUGGAGCCUCUACAUUAAGGAUACUGCUAAGUUUUGCAGUGGGCGGACUAUUGGGAGACGUGUUCCUACAUCUCCUACCAGAAGCGUGGCAGAAUGAUUUAAAUAAUACUAAACCUGGCGAGCACGUCUCCUUAAAAAGCGGACUAUGGUGCCUAACAGGCAUGCUAGUCUUCAUCGUAGUAGAGAAGCUAUUCGCAGCCACGGAAAAUGAAGAAGAAGAAGAAUCUAAAGAACAGGAGACUAUCAAACAGAAUGGUUCUGCUAAAAUAAAAGAGAUUGAAAUAGAAGAGAUUGAGAAACUCCUGAGAGUUGAGAGGAGGCAGAGAGGAAAGAGUAUCGGUGAGGGAAUCUGUGACAGCAAUGGUAUCGUGAGUGCUAAGGAGUUGUAUGAUACCUGCGUGUUCAAUAAUAAUACUAAAGGUGUAUGCUGCAACUCGGUAGUGAACCAGAACGGGUCGGUCCGGUGCAACAACAAGGGCAACCGGUGGAUGGGCCGCUGUCUGCUGCGCGAGGCGCGGGAACAGGCGCUCAAAGCCACCAAGGAGAAGAGUAAUAAGAAAGAUGUGGCCGGCUACCUGAACCUGAUGGCCAACUCGAUCGACAACUUCACGCACGGCCUGGCGGUGGGCGGCUCCUUCCUCGUCGGGUUCCGGGUCGGCGUGCUCACUACCUUCGCUAUAUUAGUACACGAGAUUCCUCACGAAGUUGGAGAUUUCGCGAUCUUGCUGAAGAGUGGCUUCUCGCGGUGGGAGGCAGCUAAAGCACAGUUGGCUACGGCGGCAGCUGGUCUGAUCGGCGCCAUGACAGCUGUGAUCUUCAGUGGAGCCAGGAACUCUAUUGAGGCAAAAACAUCCUGGAUAGUCCCAUUCACAGCGGGUGGCUUCCUCCACAUCGCACUAGUGACGGUGUUGCCAGACUUACUGAGAGAACCAGACAAGAUCCAGUCACUUAAACACUUGGGAGCUCUUGUGUCAGGUAUUGUUAUCAUGGCGUUCAUGACCUACUACUUCGGAUAAACAUUCAUAGUACUUGUUAUAAUGUAGAGGGGUUCUUGGUCAAAGGAAAAAACUACCAAAAAUUGGUAGUUUAUGUAGAACUUGGUAGAAAGUUGCUGUUGUUAAUUUUGCGAAAUAUUUAUUACAUUUUUACUUAUUUGACCAAUUACUACACAAUUAUUAUGCUCUUGACUUAAUGGUAGAGUGAUGGAAUUAUCAAUACUAUUGCUAAAGUUUUAUUUAAAAACUUAAUGAUUGUGACACCAAGUUCAUUACUUUUGCUUCAAAUUUGUGCACAGACACCGCUCACCCUUACCAAGAGCCCCCACAAAGUUGUAAAUAAUGUCACAGUGGCUAUAAACUUAGGAAUCAUAUAUUUUUAUAUUCUUAAGAUUUAAUCGUCCGGACGGACACUAAAUGAGUAUUAAUAUUUUUGAAUUUAACUUAGACUGUGAACUUGUCGAAAUUAAGUUAAAACUGUACUGUAGGAUAGGUUUAUAAAUACUCUGAUAACGUAUUUAAGUGAUACGUAAAGUCUUAUUGUCGUACUCAGAGACAUUUAAUGAUUACUUAAACUAUUACUUAGUCACGAUUUUGUUCAGAAAACAAUAGCUAAGGACUGGGUUAAGUAACCAUAAACUGACUCUGAGUACGACACAGUUAGGAACAUUUUUACAGUUGUAACUGGCAACACUAAUAGUGUUGCUAGCUUCACUCGACAUCAAAAUUUUGGUAGAAUAUUUAAAUCUUAUCAAAUGUCAAUUUUGAAGUUUGUUUCCAUGAUUCGAAUAUAAUUGUUUAUUUUCUAAUGUUUUAUUCAAAUAACUAUAACGAUAUUAUCAUUAGAACUUGAAACGGGAUAUUUACCAUGUUUAUUAGUUUUUGUGAGUUUCCGAUAUUUCGGUAGUGUUGCAAGCGCCAUGAUCAUGGAUGAACUGUCUUAAGUUCUAUCCCGUCUUAAGUUCUAAUGAUAGUGUUAGUGACCAUAUCAGUUUAAAAACUUAUAUUACGAUAUUGAUACUAGCUGGCUAAUAUCAAAUAAUUAUGUACUCCAAUAAAUAAAUGUACAAAUAUACAUAGGUUACGUUCCACUUAUUAAAACCAAAUCACACUAUGUUAUGUAGUUCUAAGUUAUUUAGUUUUAGGAGAUACUAUAUCCUUAUGCGAUCUCCAAUAAUGUCAUUAUAUAUUAAAAUAUGAAAAAAAAAUAUAGAGAAAGUCAUUAAAAACAACUUGCUUCAAACCCCUUAUAAUUUGGAAUUAGUUGUUAAUUAUAAUUCAAUCAAUUGAUUUGUAAAUUAUUGUAAAUAUUACACCAUUAAGGAAUUUCGGAGACUCAUUGAAUUUACAUUUGUUUAAUACAAGCAAAACAUAUACAAGUCGUUACAUAGAGUGGUUUCACAACCUCUAGUUAAGUUUCUAUUUAAUUUAUAUACUUGGUUGAUAUUUAGACUUGUAUAAUCUGUCUUACUGUCGCAUUCAGACACAUUUAAUGAUUACUUAAACUCUUCUUUAGUAAUGAUUGUGUAUAGAAAUCGAUUGCUAAGGUAUUCCUUAAUAGGUUAAGUAACUUUACCACUAGGUUAAAUAACCACUAGUUAAGCUAACCAGUGCUGUCAAUAACCAGUGAGUACAGCUGUUUGUCCACAGAUUUGGAUUUGAGAUAAGUUUAGGCUGUUUAAUAAAUUAGUCUUUACCGCCAUACUCACGAGUCAUUUAAUGGUUACUUAAUCCAAUCUUUAGCAAUUGUUUUCGAUACAAAAUCGUUACUAAGAAAUAGUUUAAUUGUCUCUAAGUGCGGCAGUAAAUAUCUGUCAGCUAAUAUAACCUUAAUUACACAUUAUAAAAUAAACCCUAAAUAUUAUAAAUUGAUUAUUUGACCAUCCAAAGAGUAUCACGAGGUCUCCACUUUAAAAUUAUACUUUAGUCCCCACUAGUUAUAGUACAAACUCCACUGUUUAAUUAAUGUGAUAGUUGUCUAGUUAAAUCAUAUUUUUUUGUUAUAUCAACUUAUAUAUUCGGUGCAGUUAUUUAUAAAUGGUGGUUUAUCAUGAACUUAUUAUUAGUAGACCGUUUUAAUGAUACAUUAAAUAACUUUUAAAUGUAUUUUACCCCUAUAAUUACUAUUUAAUAUCAUAAAUAUGCAAUAUUGUUGACUUUCUUAAUACCGUAAAACGGGGUGAAUAGAAUUCAAAGGGUGAAUAGAUACAGGGAAGGGGUGAAUAGAUGUUAGAAUAUGUUCCCAAUAUAUAUUCAUCCCAAUUCUCUAUCUAUUCACCCCGAAUUCAAGUUUCAUUGUAGUAAUAGUUUUUUAAAUAAAUAUAGUUUCGUUUACUAUUUGUAAGUUCAUGAUAUUCUGCAAAAUCUUGUUAUUUUCUUUAUGUAAAUACAUAAUCACUCCAUAGUACACACUUAAUCAUGAACUGUAAUGCAUUUUAGUUAGUUUUAGUCGUUUAUCAUAGAUUGGUAAUAUAAAAUUAAGGGUAAGAGGUGAUAAUAAUGUUAGAAAAACAUGUUGUGGAUCACUUGAAAUGAAAUGCCGUAAAACGGGGUGAAUAAAAUUCAAGGGGUGAAUAGAUGCUGGGAAAAUAACUGUGUCUAUUCACGCUUUGAAUUUUAUUCACCCCGUUUUACCGUUAGUGACAUUUGUCAGUAAAAUUUUCUAUUGGACGUAUUUUUUACUGUAAAUAUACUACUAAUAUAAUUACGUACUUCAACACCAUUGCCAAUCUAUACAUACUUAGCUAGUAUACGUAGCGAGUGCAUUUAAAUCAGUUUAUUCGAAUUAUACUACGUCAAUUCUGUAACAAUUUUAGGUGUUUUCUUGUCUUUACAACUCACAAAUUAUACGUAAGAUUAAUAUUUGAAUCGGUCACCAAACUGCACUUGUUAUUUAAUGAAAUAUAAUCGUGUAUCUACAAUGAGUAGCCAUUAAAGUAUAAUGUGAUAAAUAAUGCCAUUUACGAGUAUUUUUGUCGUUUCUACGACUUUAUUAUUAAGUGAAAAAUGUUAAAAAAGUCAAUAAAAACGUAUCAGUCAA